AUGGACUCAGUUGAACGAACCAAGUCGUCGACAAGCAAGCCCAACAAUGUCACACCCGACAUGGAAACCGAGAUGGCCAAAGGCGAGAUUGGCAUCGCGGGCCAGCUCGACAUGCCCAUGAAGCGCAAGUUCAACGUUUUGAGCAUCAUCGCCGUGGGAUACAACAUUUCAAACAGCUGGGUCGCUAUUGCCGCUAGCUUUGCCAUCGCCAUUCAGUCUGGAGGCGCGGUGUCACUGCUCUAUGGCAUCGUGCUUGUCACCUUUGCAAUGCUCUGCACGGGCGUGACCCUGGCUGAACUCGCAAGCGUCUACCCCACCGCGGGUGGACAAUACCACUUCACAUCUAUUCUAGCCUCUCGUCGAUGGAGCCGCAGUCUCUCAUACUUCAGUGGUCUCGCGGCGAUAUUCUCCUGGAUCUGCCUGGGUGCCUCGAUCGGGUUGGCCGGGACAAACGCACUGAUGGCGAUUAUAAUUCGCUGGAGGCCAGAGUACGAGCCUCAGACAUGGCACUAUUUCCUUGUAUACCAGCUCCUCAACAUCCUCAUCGUCGUAUACAACGCGCUUUUUACCAACAAGACUCUCUGGGUAUACAACGUCGGCUUUCUGCUCUCUAUAUCGACCUUUGUCGUCAUAACCAUCGCUUGCCCUGCCCGCUCAGAAAUACAGGCCGACUCCCGGGAGAUUUGGGCCAAACUCGUAAAUGGAUCCGGCGGUUGGCCCGACGGCAUAUCAUUCCUCACCGGCCUCUCAACGCCGCAGUUCAUGCUCUCUGGGCUGGACGCGACUCUCCACCUCGCAGAAGAAUGUCUCAACCCGGAACGAGUGGUGCCAAAGGCAGUUAUUGUCACCGUCCUUGUUGGGUUCCUCACGGCUUUCCCCUUUUCAAUUGGCAUCAUUUACAGCUACCGGAACGUCGAGCUCUCAUUGACCACCAAGACAGGAUUUCCUAUAUACUUCAUCUGGGAAAAAGCCACACGCUCCCCAGCCGCAGCAACAGUCUUCAUGGCCGCCCUGUUCGUCAUUUCCUGCGUUGCCUUCAACGCCGUCCACCAAACCGCCUCCCGACUCACCUGGUCCUUUGCCCGCGACGAAGCCCUAUUCUACUCGCGGAACCUCUCCUCAAUCCACUCGUCUCUCGGUAUCCCACUAUAUGCUCUUAUUCUCAACGGGGUCUGCGUCUUCCUCGUGGGGAUCGUAUACCUUUGUUCAUCGACAGCCUUCAACUCAUUUAUAAGCACAACGGUAAUCGUUGCCCAGAUCUCCUUUGCCAUCCCCGCCGUCCUCCUCAUCCUCCGCCGCCGAGCACCGCACUACCUACCCUCAAGCCGUCCAUUCAAAGUACCCACUGUUGUGGGAUACGUGUCGAAUAUCGUCUGCGUGAUCUGGGCGGUGAUCUUGACGGUUUUCUUCUGCUUCCCGACGGUUUUGCCGGUUACCGGUGGGAAUAUGAACUAUGCCUCGGUUGUUUUGGUCGUCAUGCUUCUCCUCGGGCUUGCCAACUGGUACGCGUACGCGAGGAAGCAUUAUCAUGGGCCGAGGCUUGAGAUGUAG